AUGAGGGAUGGGACAUACGUACACCUAUGGCUAAUUCAUGUUGAUUUACGACAGAAAUCAAACCGAUAUUGCACAGCAAUUAUGCUUCAGAAAGAAAGAACAUACAAAGGUGGUCAGGAACGUAUGAAAAAAAGAUUUCUCAUAGAGAUUUUUUUUUCUCAUGGAGAUUUACAAUCACAACUCUGUGUACAUCUGGGUGCAGGCUGCCCACCAUCAUCAGACCGGCCCACAGCAUCAGACAUUCCUCCCCAGCAUCAGGCCCUCCCCCAGCAUCAGACCAUACUACAACAUCAGACACUCGCCCAGCAACAGGCCCUCCCCUAG